CUGCACCUUCCUGUCCCCUUACUGGCCCCAGGCUGCUGACUGGCCCCACACUGUGCCACUGGACAAUCGAGACCGCUUCCCAUCCAGGCCUCUGACCCAGACUUCCCGCCUUCUGCCUCUUCCCCUUUCCUUCUGCUUUUUCAGCUUCUCUAUCGCCUGCCUUCUGACCUUUUCCUUGAUUCAACAGAAAUGUACUGAGCAUCUACUCAUGUGGCAGGCCCUGUCCUAGGCCUUAGGGAUCCAACUGGCUGUCUGCCUCUAGAACUCUCCACCCUCAUCUCCCUACGUAUUUCUCCCUGAAAUGGGGUCUGGUCCUUGGUCUCUGCCACUGCCCCGCCUCUCCUCCGGCCCUGGGAACAGGAGGUGCCCUGUGUGUCCAUCUCUCGAAGUUCUGCCUCUCUGUGCCCAGCUCAAGUCUUUCUACCCCUCCUUUCUCCCCCUAAACUUUGGCCGGCCGCCGGGCGACACCACGAGUUAUUUCCCAGCUAUUUCCCGGUCCGGGAGCUCUUGGCCCCCGAACAACUGGUUUCCUCUUGGAGUCUGGGAGGAGAAGAGCGGAGCCGGCAGGCAGCGAACCAGGACUGGGGUGACGGCAGGGCAGGGGGCGCCUCGCCGGGGAGAGGCGCGGGGGCUGGAGCACCACCGACUGGAGGGUCCGGAGCAGCGAGCGCCCCGAAGGAGGCCAUCAGGGAGCCGGGAGGGGGGACUGCGAGAGGACCCCGGCGUUCGGGCUCCCGGUGCCAGCGCUAUGAGGCCGCUCCUUGUCCUGCUGCUCCUGGGCCUGGCGGCCGGCUCGCCCCCACUGGACGACAACAAGAUCCCCAGCCUGUGCCCGGGGCACCCCGGCCUUCCAGGCACGCCGGGCCACCACGGCAGCCAGGGCUUGCCGGGCCGCGAUGGCCGCGACGGCCGCGACGGCGCGCCCGGGGCUCCGGGAGAGAAAGGCGAGGGCGGGAGGCCGGGGCUGCCGGGACCUCGAGGGGAGCCCGGGCCGCGAGGAGAGGCGGGACCCGCGGGGCCCACCGGGCCUGCAGGGGAGUGCUCGGUGCCUCCGCGAUCCGCCUUCAGCGCCAAGCGCUCCGAGAGCCGGCUGCCUCCGCCGUCUGAUGCUCCCCUGCCCUUCGACCGCGUGCUGGUGAACGAGCAGGGACAUUACGACGCCGUCACCGGCAAGUUCACCUGCCAGGUGCCUGGGGUCUACUACUUCGCCGUCCAUGCCACUGUCUACCGGGCCAGCCUGCAGUUUGAUCUGGUGAAGAACGGCGAAUCCAUUGCCUCUUUCUUCCAGUUUUUCGGGGGUUGGCCCAAACCAGCCUCGCUCUCGGGGGGCGCCAUGGUGAGGCUGGAGCCCGAGGACCAAGUGUGGGUGCAGGUGGGUGUGGGUGACUACAUUGGCAUCUAUGCCAGCAUCAAGACAGACAGCACCUUCUCCGGAUUUCUGGUGUACUCUGACUGGCACAGCUCCCCAGUCUUCGCUUAAUGCCACUGCAAAGUGGGCUCACGCUCACUCCUAGGAGGAGGGUGUGACGCUGACAACCAGGUCAUCCAGGAGGGCUGGCCCCCCUGGAAUAUUGUGAAUGACUAGGGAGGUGGGGUAGGGGCCUCUCCGUCCUGCCGCUGGCAAGGAAUGGGGACAGUGGCUGUCUGCAAUCAGGUAUGGCAGCAUGGGGCAGUGACUGGAUUUCUGCCCAAGACCAGAGGAGUGUGCUGUGCUGGCAAGUGUGAGUCCUCCAGUUGCUCUGGCCCAGGAGCCCAUGGUGGGGUGCUCUCUUCCUGGUCCUCUGCUUCUCUGGAUCCUCCUCACCCCCUCCUGCGCAUGGGGCCGGCCCUUUACUCAGAGAUCACUCAAUAAAUCUGAGAACACUC